CCGCGCCUGCGCCGGGAGCCGCCGUGCCCGGACCGGCCCCGCCCGUCCUCAGUGCCUGCGCCGGGAGCCGAGGCAGGAUGGCGCCGUCGGAGCCUGGCCCCGGGCUGCGCUCCCCCAAGAGCGAGGAGUGUUCCCAGGUCAUCUUCAACAACCGCAGCCCCCGCCGCGUCCUCCCGUUCUGGGUGGACUUUGAGGGCAGGCCGCGCUCUUACCCUGUCUUGCAGCCGCGCACCGGCAGGAUCAUGUACAGCUACCGGGGUCACCUCUGGCUGUUCCGGGACGCGGGGACGAACGAUGGACUCCUCGUCAACCGGCAGGAGCUGUUUGUGGUGGCUCCAGACGUGCACACAGCAGACAUCACCCUUCCAGUGUUCACCCUGAAGCAGAGAUGUCUGCAGGUGGUCCGCAGCCUGGUCAAGCCUGUGGACUACAGGAAGCUGGACAUUGUUUGGUCGCUGUAUGAAGAGCUGGAGGAUCAUCCUGACCUCGGGAAGGAUCUUCAGAGGCUUUCCCUGGAGGGAAGUGAGACACAGAGGAACGGAGCUGCGGAGCAGCAGGGACACUGACUCCAGGCUGCAGAGCAAAGCACUGAAGUUGAGCAGGGAUGGUCCCCACCAAACGUGCGAAGAUCUGCUCUCUGUGUUGUAAGUUCUGAAACAUAGGCUGUGAGGAGCUUGCUGCCAUGGCAGGGCAGACCCAAAGGACUCAACAGCAUGGAGAAGUGUACCAGGUCCCUGCUGCUCCCCUGCUGUUCUUACGGUGGCUCAAGAGGCCUGGCACAGGCAAAGCUUACAGGAGUUUUGUUUGGGCUAUCCUCGAGCACUUCAUGGGGACAUGUCAUCAGGUCAUCUCUUGGAGAACACACAUGGAGACUAGCUUGCUUUGUGCUGGAGUCAGUGACAGAGAGGGUUCCUUUCACCCAGGUUGAGUUGCAGGUGGCAGGCUAGCAGCAGCUGUGGCAGAAGUUUGUUCUGGAUGCAAUCUUGCUCUCACACAGCCUCACUGUGAAUCACAGAGCAUAGUGGGGGUUAGUUUGUGGGGGUUUGCACUGCCACUCUCUGAGGACCUGAGCUGAAGUGUUGUGAUGGUGGGACGGUGAUGUGUAGAUGCUUGGGGGGCUUCUGCCUCUUGGUUGGCAUUGGUAAGCCUGUAUGAUGUCCAGUGUGAGGCUGACACAGGUCAUACCCUGAGCGCCUUACUUGUCCUUCGCAAUUGGAUUCUGGCCUAGCUGAUGCAAACGUGAUCCAACCUCAUCAGCCAUAUAGACUGAACCCUGGUUAUGGGCCCCCCUCCUUCUUAUCAGCUCUUCUUCAGCAUUCCAGGGAGGUGCCUGCUCCUUUCUCAUCACAGGGCAGUGGCUCACAUUGUAGCUGGAGGCCUUCUGGGGGAGCAUUGACCACUCCAGCUGCAGGUGUCUCCUAAGAGCAGACCAGACUGCAUCAGCUCCUGCCGGCCUGUUGCAGGAUCCAGCUCACAGACAGCCCUGCUUUAUUCAGGUAGGGAAGCAGGGAAAACAAUCCCUUGCCUUUCUUCUGUUUGCUGGUGGAUCUGUGUGCAUGUACACUGCAUUCAGAGCAAUACUGCUGUCAGCAGGCACCCAGCAGUGCUGCAGCAGCUGGCAGGGGAAGGGGGCAGCUGCUCAUCCUCCUGUAGGUGGUUGCACCUGGUCAGUGCCACACUCUGGAUAGGGUGUGCCAACUGUGCAGCCCCUGUGGCUGUGGGCCUGUGUUGUAGCCAACACCAAGCCUACCACAGCUGUAGGCAGCUUCUGCGUGAACAUAGCUGUGCUACAAUUUCAGCUUUUGCCCUCUUGCCAAAAGACAACAUUAAAAAUUCCUCAUGAUGUCAUCACUCA